UCCUCCCGCCCUUCGUUCCCCUCACCAACCACCCUCCAUUUUCACCACCUUCACUUCGCACCGGGCCACCGGCCGUAUUCAUUCCUCUUCCACCUCCCUCCUCCUCGCCCACCGGCUGCAGCAUCUUCCCCUCACACCCUCCUUCCUCCUCGUCGCCCCGCGUCUCUCCCUCCCUCAAAGACUACUCCUUGGCCGCUCUCACCAUUCCAUUCCAUUCCCCCGGCCGGCCGUACGCGCAUCGCAUUCCCGGGCGGCUACCUCCUCCUCCUCUGAUGUCGGCACGGCCAUGAUCUCAAGUUCUUGGCAUUGAUGCCGUUCUGGUAGCCAGCCUUCUUUAACCCACCUUAACAAUAACUGCCUGCCGCCCUGCCCCCACCUCUCCUCUCGCCCUGCAGCUGAACCUGAGCUGAGCUGAUUCGCCGGGCUCUGAGCCUCUGCUCCACAUCCAUCCAUCCAUCCAUCCAUCCACCUUCGCCCAACCCUGAUCCAGAACCCUGUCGGUGUCGGCGCGCCGUGAUCCGGCAUCAGCAGCAGGAGCAGCAGCAGCAGCUUCCGCGCGGGGCACCGGCGGCGCGGCCAUGGGCACGGGCGCGCUCGCGGUGGCGGCGGCGGCGCCGGCGGACCGGGCCAACAAGCAGCGCCGGGCCGGCGGCGGCGCACACCUGUGGAAGAAAGCGCUGCUCCACUUCUCCCUCUGCUUCGUCAUGGGCUUCUUCACCGGCUUCGCGCCCUCCUCUUCCUCCUCCUGGAAGGCCGCCACCACCACCCCUCACCCGCCGCACCGUCCCGGGGACCGCCUCGCCGCCUCCCGCGUCGCCGUCGACGUCAACGCGCGCGCCACCCUUCCGCCGCCCGCGUCCGCCGGCGAUGCGCUCGGUGUCGGCGGCGCCACGGUGGACGUGGGCGACGAGUACGAGGAGGGCGACGCCAACGGCCAGCGCCGACGCCUCCUGAUCGUGGUCACCACCACGCGGUCGGGCCCCGGGGAGCGCCGGCGGCGGCGGGGCGAGCUGCUGCGCCUGGCCCACACGCUCCGCCUCGUCCGCCCGCCCGUCGUCUGGGUCGUCGUCGAGCCCGCCGCCGACGCGCCCGCCACCGCCGUGGUGCUCCGCGGCACCGGCGUCAUGUACAGGCACCUCGCCUUCAAGCCCGAGGAAAAUUUCACCACCGCCGAAGCCGAGGCGCACGCGCAGCGGAACGCCGCGCUCGCGCACGUCGAGAAGCACCGGCUCGCUGGCGUCCUCCACUUCGCCGACGCCGCCGGUGUCUACGACGUUGGGUUCUUCGACCAGAUCCGACAGAUCGAGGCGUUUGGGACAUGGCCUGUGGCAACAAUGUUGGCUGGCGAGAAGAAAGUGGUAGUAGAAGGUCCGCUAUGCAGUGCCUCAAAGGUCGUCGGUUGGUUCUCAAGGGACUUUAACGAUGGGACAACCCGUUCAGUGACGUAUAACACGGAAGUUGACUUGAAUCCUGCUGGUGCUGCUGGUACACGAGCCCACACAAUUGACGUCUCAGGUUUCGCGUUCAACAGUUCAAUUUUGUGGGAUCCUGAGCGGUGGGGACGGCCAACCUCAUUACCAGAUACUUCACAGGACUCCAUCAAGUUUGUGCAAGAAGUGGUACUUGAAGACCGAGCUAAGCUGAAGGGGAUCCCCUCUGAUUGCUCCCAGAUCAUGGUGUGGCAGUAUAGUGUGCCCAGCUCACAAUAGAGGGCAGUCGAGAUGUUGCACAAUAGGCGUUGCAGCCUCGCAGGAAGGGGAAGAACAGCGAGUAUUGGACCGGAGUCGAUGUAAAUGUGGUGGGUGAUAACAAAAGGAAAGGAAGAAGGUUGAUUACUAAGUUUUUUUUUUCCUCUCAUUCUCCUUUGGGGUUCCCUUUUUCUUUCUCUCAGUUUUGGUUUUCGAGUUUGGGGGCCAUGAAUGAUGAACUGCCUGUGGGAGAAGUUCGCCCCCCAAGCGGGAAAAUAUGCGAUAGUAUUUAUUCAGAUUCAUUUGUGAUUCUUUAGCUUGGUCCUGUUGCGUUCGCGAGGCGGUGCCGCCUCACGAAUGGCCCUCUUGUGGGUUGCAAUAAUACCAAUAUGUGUAGGGAGGAAUGAACUUGCUGAAGAAAAUGGCAGUGGCAUGAGGAAUGAAGAAGUUUACUGUGUUGUGGCAUGAAUUCCAGCAAGGCAGCAAUUACCAUCUGAAGAACAAAAAAUCAUGUGCAAAAAGAAAAGAAAAUAAUAAAGACUCUGAAUUUGCUCUCA